CAGAGCAGCGGCUGCUUCGGUUCCUGUGCGGUUCUUGGGUUUCCAGCUCAGGACAAAGCAACGGGAGCGGGGUGGGAUGUGGGCCUGGGCAGUGUGGAAAGGUGGGAUCAAUCUCCAAGUCCUUUGUGUUCCAGGUCCUCGCUCCGGCCACCCUCCGCUCCUCUCCCAUCACCAUGUGCUCCACUGGAUGCUGUCCCACGGCCUGCUGCUCUGUCGUGAAGAGCAAGACCGUGUGCUGCAGCCCCUGCAAGACCACCGUGUGCUGCAGUCCCUGCAAGACCGUGUGCUGUGAGCCGUGCCAGAAAACCGUGUGCUGUGAGCCCUGCAAGACUGUGUGCUGUGACCCGUGCCAGUCCUGCUGUGACCCGUGCCAGAAGCCUUGCUGUGACCCAUGCCAGUCCUGCUGUGACCCGUGCCAGAAGCCAUGCUGUGACCCAUGCCAGUCCUGCUGUGACCCGUGCCAGUCCUGCUGUGACCCAUGCCAGAAGCCUUGCUGUGAGCCCUGCAAGACUGUGUGCUGUGACCCGUGCCAAUCGUGCUGUGACCCGUGCCAGAAGCCCUGCUGUGACCCGUGCCAGUCGUGCUGUGACCCGUGCCAGAAGCCCUGCUGUGACCCGUGCCAGUCGUGCUGUGACCCGUGCCAGAAGCCCUGCUGUGACCCGUGCCAGUCCUGCUGUGAUCCGUGCCAGAAGCCGUGCUGUGACCCGUGCCAGUCGUGCUGUGACCCGUGCCAGAAGCCUUGCUGCGACCCGUGCCAGUCCUGCUGUGAUCCAUGCCAGAAGCCCUGCUGUGACCCGUGCCAGUCCUGCUGUGAUCCGUGCCAGAAGCCUUGCUGUGACCCGUGCCAGUCGUGCUGUGACCCGUGCCAGAAGCCUUGCUGUGACCCGUGCCAGACUGUGUGCUGUGACCCGUGCCAGAAGCCGUGCUGUGAGCCCUGCAAGACUGUGUGCUGUGAUCCAUGCCAGAAGCCGUGCUGUGACCCAUGCCAGUCCUGCUGUGACCCGUGCCAGAAGCCGUGCUGUGACCCGUGCCAGUCCUGCUGCGACCCGUGCCAGUCCUGCUGUGAUCCAUGCCAGAAGCCUUGCUGUGACCCGUGCCAGUCGUGCUGUGACCCGUGCCAGAAGCCCUGCUGUGACCCGUGCCAGUCCUGCUGUGACCCGUGCCAGUCCUGCUGUGACCCGUGCCAGAAGCCCUGCUGUGACCCGUGCCAGCAGUCCGUGUGCUGUGACCCGUGCCAGUCCGUGUGCUGCACCAAGGUGAAGUCCGUGUGCUGCGUGCCCCGGCCCUGCUGCUGCCCCUGCUGCUCCUGCGUGGUGAGGAAGCCCGUGGUGGUUUGCUGCACCCCGGUGCGGAGGUGCUGCACCCCCUGCAUCCCCAUCCAGCAGUGCUGCGCCAGCCUCAAGAAGAGCUGCUGA